CGCAAUUUUACUUAUAUCUAUCGUAAAUAUAGUUAUAAAAAAUCGUUACAAAAGUGUUGUAACGUAUAAUCACGAAUAAUUUCACUAAAAAGUGUUUCUUCGAAACAAGCGACGUUCUUUUCUAUUCUCAGUGCAAUAUUAUAGUGAUGCUCGCGUUCUCACUUAACGCAACAUCACUGAUAACAAAGAGACCUUUGAUAAGUCUUGGAUCUCGAUUACUUGCAACAAUGACUGAAGCCUUAAAGACUCAUGAAGUUAUUCCUGAUGUAAUUGACACUAUUCCAUCUGCAGUUGUCAAAGUAUCUUAUCCAAGUGGAGCUACUGUGGAUAUUGGUAAAGAGCUUACUCCAACUCAAGUCAAAGAUCAGCCAACUGUCGAAUGGGAUGCAGAUGACUCUAGCUUCUACACCCUUUGCAUGACAGAUCCUGAUGCGCCAAGCCGCAAAGAACCUAAAUUCAGAGAGUGGCAUCACUGGCUUGUCACAAAUAUUCCAGGAAAAGAUGUUUCCAAGGGUGAAGUUUUGUCCCAAUACAUUGGCUCUGGGCCACCCCCUAAUACUGGUCUUCACCGUUAUGUCUUCCUAGUCUACAAGCAGCCAAGCAAAUUAAAGUUUGAUGAAAAACAUCUCACUAAUCGUAGUGGUGAUGGGCGUAACAACUUCUCCAUCAAGAAGUUUGCCCAAAAAUAUAAUUUAGGAAAUCCAGUAGCUGGUAAUAUGUACCAAGCUGCCUUUGAUGACUAUGUGCCAAAAUUAUACAAACAGCUUGAGGGCUAAAUCAUUCUAACAAUUUUAAAGAGUAGAAAAACACUAAAGUCACAAUUGAUAUUGUGUCUUAUUUAUUUUACAUUUAAAAUGAAUUCCAGAAUUAUGCUAAAAUAAUAAUUAAGAAGUAUUUUUUAAUUCUGUGGUGACUUUAUUAUCGUUUUUCUAUAAGAUGGCUUAAAUGCACAAAUAUAUAUAUUAAUAAAUUUUUCAA